AUGUUCAAGUGCGGAUUAUGCAGGAGGAUCAAUCUGGACUGUGUUUACCGAGAACCACAGCCGACCAAGAAGGAUAAGACCCUCGUCGAGAUUUUAGACAGGCUCAAGAGCUUGGAAGGCAAAGUUGACCGAAUUCCUACUGGCAGAACCCCUCAAGGGUUCGGCCCUCCACAACAUCCCCCUUCUUCUCAGCCCUCUUUCAAUCCCGAGACAGAGCCAAGCACCUAUUCAACACCGUCUGGUCGACAACCGCCUAGCCCUAAUCAACCAUAUCGACAUGCUUCCGCCGCUCACAAGAUACUUUCCUGGCCUGCUCUGCAACAGCUUAUGCUGCAGGUCCUACCGUCAAAUGCUGGUGAUUUUAAAACUCUUGAAAGUGACGGGACGGGGUUCAUUGUUCGAAUGCACAAUGGGCAAUCAAAGUUGCCUAUGGAUGAGCCACUGCAGGACCGACCUUUCGUUGGGAUGCAAACUCAGGCGACUAGAAACUCGGGUGGUCCUCGGAUCAUUUUCCCAGCCUUGACACGCGAUGCAAUGUAUCGGCUCACGGCGGCGUAUUUUGACACUUUCAAUUUCCUCUAUCCAUUCAUGGAUCGAAGGACUUUUGAAGGCGAUACCCUUGCUAAGGUUUGCAGUGAAGGCUUUGAUGGGGACGUUGACUCGGUGAUUGCCUUGAUGAUAUUCUGUCUAGGUGAAGUUGCCAUAGAAGGCCUAACCGGAAGUCCUGUCAGCGAGUUCAAAGGGCUCCCGUCCGGGGUACGAGGAGGCUCAAUUGGUCGUCCACCGGGCUUGGCUCUUUUCAACGAAGCAAGGAAAUGCUUGGGCUUUGUGAUCACUGAUAGCGAGUUAGAGAACGUUCAAAUUUUCUCUCUAUUUGCGUUGUAUUAUCAGUCAUGUUCUCGCCAUGUGGACUUUUGGAGGAUGACCGUAAAUGCAUGUCAGGCCUGUUACAUCUUGGUGACUUGUAAUGUUCUCGACUUCGACACACCCAAAGGGGAUCUGAUGAGGCGUGCUGUCUGGCAUUGCAUUAUAAUGGAGACAUCUUUGCACCUGGAACUUGACCUUCCACUCACCGGGAUUAUCGAGCUCGGUGAUCGAGUUGGUAUGCCCAGCUUCAACGUCCCGUUCUGCGAGGCCGAUCAUGUGGGCAACCAGGCAACCAAUUUUGAGGCACACUUUGCAUCCUCACUUGCCCUUCGCCGCCUAUGUGCAAGUACGAACGCACAGAUCUAUGAUUCCAUGUCAAACAGUGAUACGUCUUCAAAUGAUGAAUUUGGUGGGCCGACUGCAAAUACACUGAAAUCACUAGCUGCACAAUUGACUCAAUGGAGGGGUUUACUUCCUCGUGAUCUUCAAUGGCCGGAAGAUGAUCCCUCCGCUUUUCCUGCACCGCAGACCGUCAAUCCAAGAAUUUUCAAUGAAUCUCUUGAUCCGAGUUUGUCAAUACCACGGCCAUUACAUCCAGGCGCGCAACUCUUUUCAACAGAUCUCAAAAGCGAGCCUAUGCAUUAUCGAUUUGUCUACGAUAUACAGGUUGCAGUACUACGGACGAGGUACUAUUAUGCCAAAUACGUAGUGUAUCGACCAUUCGUCUAUAAAGCUCUACAUUUCCCUGAGCAAAUGACGCAAGAGGAUGCUCAGGGAGUUGCUGAAUGUCUCCGGUCCUGCUUAAAGUGGCCGCUGACAAUGUCCCCCACUUCACGACAUAAGCGUCUCAUUCCCUACCUUUUUUGUUGGUCGCAGACAUUCCUCUCCAUACUCCUCAUCUUUCACCUAACACAGCAUAAUCCAAUGUUGCGAGAUAUACGAGCGCAGCUUUGUGGGCCAAGAUUCGAGGCUGAUUUCGACAUCAGCGUGGCUCUCAUGCAAGACUGGAUCCGUGAUCUCAAAGCGGUCGACCCCUUGGCUCUUUGGUGCUACAAGAUCCUGCAACCUCUCUACAACUUGGAGCCAUGA